AUGAAAUAAUAGCCAGAACCAGAGAUUCCUACUCUUUAAUAAUAGAAUAAAUAUUUAGAGAAGAAGCGUUCAGGACAAGGUUUGGAAAUAAAUUUCAAAUUGUUUAACGACUUUCUAAAAUUAAGAGCAUCAGGGUUCUCAAAAGUUACUAUCAUGUUAAUCGUUUCGUUUUUUCAUUAAGCUUUGAGUUAUAUUGCUUAGUAAGACUCAUAUUAAUAUUCUGAUAUAAGCACCUUGCAGAUUUACAUUAUUCAACCGAGAGUACCUUAUUAAAUCAAAUUUUGAGUGCUUGUUAAUAUAUAGACAUCCUCAGUUUAUUAAGAAUAGACACAAACUUUUCGUAUUUCAUAUUUACGAUAGCAUUAAUCUUUACAAUAGGUUUAAGCCUGCUAUAUUUGAUGAUAUAUAUUUUAGGACCUGAAUACAAGCCUAGAAAAAAGUUCAUUGGAAAAGUAUUAAAUAAUUGAUAAAUACAAUAGUUAUUUGUAUUUCUUUGUGAUAUAUACAUUUGGUUAAUGUUUUUUCCAUGUAUGAUAACAUGUUUUGAAUUUUGUCUAUGUAAUUAAGAGGAUAAGUGUAAUUUUGAUGCAAUUAGAUUGAUUCUAACAUUAUUAGCUAUUUUAGGGUUGAUAUGUGGUUUGAUAAACAUAAUAGUAUUAACAACUUUAUUUCAUAAUAAUUGGGAAAAUAAGAAAGAUUGUUUUAAUGGAGAGAAUGUAGUUUAUUUAAGUUGUUACCAGUUGAGUCGUUUUGUAUUAGCUUUCUUAGUUGUUUUUAGGUAUAAAUAUGAAUAUGAUAUUAAAGCACUAAAGUAUAUACAUUUUUUUGGUUAUUGAUGGUAGUAUCAUUUGCAAUUUAUACAUUAUUUUUAGUGAACAUUUUAAUAGGGAAUGGUUUCUUAGCUUUUGGUACUAAAUAUACAAGAUCAUUAUUUAUACUUAUGUUAAUAUUAAUGAUUAGUAUUACGUUUUCAUCAAUAAUAGAUGAAUUUCAUCGAAGUUAGAAUUCUGAUACAAGAGUUGAAAAUUUUAGUGUUUACUUUAUAUUCAAUUUGAUCUUUCUAUUUUUAGUAGUUGGUUAUAAUUUAAGACAUACUUAAAGUUUAUCUAUAUAAUUUGAUAUUCGUUCUCUUACUCCUGAGAGUUUGCAUAAAUAAAUAUACACAACAUUGGCUUUUUUAGAGAUAUCAAUGACUGAUAUUUCAAUUGACACUUAUUUUAAAGGAAUUUUAUAAAGACAUUUAGAUUUUGAAUGUUAACAUCCUGUAAUAAAGGGAGAAGGAAGAUGUUUUUGCAAAAAGAAAAGAGUUUAUGAUUCAAAAAAGAGAAAGGAAGUUCGGGUUGAAGAAUGGAUUACAAUGAAAGCGAUAAUUAUGAAAUUUCUUAUAAAAAGUUGGAUUGAAACUUAUUUAAGUUAUAGACCUAAUGAUAUUGGAGUUCAAAUACUUUAUGCUAGGUAAUAGAAUUAUAUAAGUAUAUUAGGUUUAUGUUUAGUAAAUUUCAUAAUCAUUAGAUUGCUUUACAUAUCUUAUCAGAUUUAGAAAAGAGAUUUACAUUUUUAUUAGAUAGAUAUAAAUCUUAUUAAUUAAAAUGGAAAAUAAUAAAAUUUAUACGUCAUAAAAAUAGUGAUAGUUAUAAAGGUAAAUUAGAAAUAGAAAAUGCUUUAUUUGUAGAAGAAUAGAUUGAUUCUAUAAAAAAUAAUAUAACUAAUAUUCUAAAAUAGAAUUGUGUAUUUUGGAAUAAUCUCCAAUAGACAACUAUUGAUAUGAGUGAGAUGGAUAAUCUAUUAUAAAUGUAAUUUAAAAAAAUAGAAGAAACAAAACAUUUAUGGAUAACAAUUACUAAUUAUUUAGAAUUUAAAAAGAAAUGGAAAUUUUAUUAUGCUUGGUUUACUCUUUAUAUUUUGAAUAAAAAGAUAAAGAAUAGAAUCCUCGAUAAUUUUUAAGGUUUCUAAGUGAAUGAGAAUGAUAUCUUUUCUGAAGAAUUAUAAGAACACAAUAUUGAAGAAGAUGUAAAUAGUGUUAAAUCAGGAUAUUUAGAUAAUGAGAAAAUAGAAAUAAAAAGCAGGAAAAUAAUAUUUGAUAGAAAAGCUUGUAUUAUAUAAGCUAGUGAUGAUAUUUAAUCAUCAAUUCUUAAAGUUAAUAAACAAUUUACUAGAAUAUUUGGUUAUUCAGGCGAAGAGGUUAUUAAAAAGUAAAUAUUUAUAUUAUUAUUGAAUAGAUUACCAAUUAUUAAUUUAAUGCCUGAUGUUUAUAGUAAAGUACAUCCUUAAAUUCUAAAUGAUUAUAAAUAAACAGGUAAGACAAACUCUCUCUAUUCUCAAAGAAAAAUUUAUUGUUUACAUAAAUCUGGUAUUAUGUUUACUGCAUGGAAAUUCCUUAAAUUAUAUGUUGAUUUAAAUGGUCUAUCUUAAUUUGUUAUUAUGAUUAGACCAACUGAUUUUGAUAAUGAAAAAAAACAUGAUUACAUUAUUCUCAAUAAUGAUUGGGAAAUUAAUGGAAUGACAAAUAAUGUACUCUAAGGACUUAAUCUCGAUUCUCGUCUUUUUAAAAAGAUUUCCUCAGAAUUUGUUUUAUUUAAUAUUCUAUUAUUUGCUCCUAAACUUAUCUAAUAUUCUAGAAUUGCUCCUUUAAUUAAUGAAGAAAGAGAUUUACCUAUUUUUGGAAUGAUGAAAAAUCCUAAAAAACCUGCUUAAAAAAAAGUUGUUUAGUAAUAAAAUGUUCUUGAGAAUUAAUUAUCUAAUUCUAGCAAACCUAAAAUUAAUGUUAAUAUGUUAGGUUCAGCUUCUCUUAAAUAAUCUUUAGGAAAACCUAUUUCAGUUAUGUAUUCAGAUAUUGAUUUUGGAUCCAAAGUCUUAUUACCAUAAUAAUCUAUUGAUUAAUAAGUACCAUAAUAAUUAGUGGUUGCAAAUGAAAGAGAUAAAUUCUUAUAACAUUAAAUGAGUUCUAUUAGUGAUAAAAAUGAAUUUGAAGAUUUUAAUAAAUAAUUAGGAUAAUUUGAUAAAAUCUAAAAUCUUAAUCAAGAAAUGGAAAGAAAGGCUGAAGAAUAAAUUAAUCAACUUAAAGAAACCUAAUUUUUAAAUAAUUAUUCAAAAAUAUAAACCAUGGGAAAUAAAGAAAAGGAUGCUUUCAGUGAAGAUAAUAUUAGUAGAGAUGAAAUGAUUGAAAAAAUUAAAGGAAUUAAAAUUUUUGAAGGUAAAAUCAAUAGUGGAGAACAACUUCAAUUUAGAAUGAAAAUUCCAGAAAAUAUGGAUUAAAUUAUUGAUUAUUAUUCCUCUUAAAAAUCUAAGAUGUACUAAUUAAAAAAAUAAUAAGAUGAUGUAUAAAUUAUAAUUAUUAUCAUUUUAGCAAGUUAAAUAGGAAGAAGUUAUAGAUCAAGUUAAAAAAAAAGAAAAAGAUAAAUUUUUUGUCAAAUAAGGAACAUAACAAAGAGAAUUUAGAAAAAAAGCUAGAUUAAUGUUUUAAAAAGCAGCAGAAAUGAAAAGAUGUUAAGAUGAUGUGUAUUAUUAUUAAUCUUAUUCUUUAGAAAUUUCUAUGAACUAUUAGUAGAAAUCUAUUAAAAACUUAUAUAAGAUUAAAAAACUCGUACAUUUAAGUUGAGUUGUACAAUAUAAUUCAUAAAAAUUAAAGAUGAAAGAAUUGGUAUAAUUAAAAUUACUUCAAUAAAUGAAAUAACAAAAGUAAAAAGAGUUAUAAGAGAAAGAGAUGGGAAUCGUAAAUAAUCUGUGUUUUUAAAAAAUAUUGUACCUUCAAGAGAAUUAGGGGGAAAAGGAUCGAAAUUGUCAGCCACUAAUUUAACAAAUCAAUUUGAAAAUUCAAAAUUUGUAUCUAUGGUAAGUGAAAGUGAUACAAAAUAAUAAAUAAGUCCUGUAGAUAUAAAACCUGCUUCUAAAACUCCUCUUAUAAAAGAUAAAUCAUUUAAAGGUAAUUUAGGUUAUUAAAUGAAUGUUCAAGGUUAAGUUCAAGAAUUAGACGAUGAUAAAGAUUUAUUAAUAGAUAGUAAGGCUUUUAAUAAAAUGAUAAACUGGGAUACAUUUUAACAAUAAUUUAAAAUGUAAUAAGGAGCACUUAAUUUUUCACUAAAUGCAGGAGAUAAUAUAUUUAGAAAGGAAGAUAAUAAUAAACCUCGUAAAUUCUUAGUAAAGAUUGCAUAUUUAACUUGGUUUUUAAGAAUAAUGUUUGUUGCCAUAAUAACUUUAAAUCUUUUGACUUAUUUUCUUAAACCUUUUUUAGAAUUCAAUCCUAUGAUAUCUUAAUCAUAAAGGAUUUUGGCAUUAUCUUAGAUGCAAACUACAAUGAUUGAAACUUAUGAUACACUUUUAGAUCUACUAAUAUUUAGAGAUGAUUAAGAUUUUAAUUAAAUAGGAAUGACAGAUAAAUUAACUUAUUAUAGUUAUUAAUUGUCUUCUAUUUAAUAGAGUUAUGAAUUUCUUAAAAUUUAAAUACAAGAUUUAGAUCAACUUUAGACUUUUUUAGAUGAUGAUAUAUUUUAUUCAACUCCUAUAUCUGAUUAAUCAAUAUAGGGUGAAGCUAAUACUACUCUUACUUUAGAUAGUAAAGAUUUCUUCACAAAAUUUAUUAUGUUAGAACACUAAAUAUCAAUGAUGGAUGCUUCUUUAUUAGAAAUAAUAAGUUCUACAGAUCCAGUUGUUAAAUUUAUUCGUUAUGUGACAAUACCAUAAUUAUACAACUAAUUAAAUAAUGCUGUUAUGGAUUUAUAAACUAUUGUUUUAGAAAAAUCAGAUUCCAUUUCUGAUUUGGUUGUGAUUAUACUAACUAUUGAAGGUUCUCUAUUAGCUAUUGGUUUCUUUGGAUUGCUUAUUAUUAUAUUUUGGAUCAGUCAAACUUAUAAAGCAGUAUUAAAAAUCUUCAUAUUGAUUUAAAAGAAUGAUUUAAGUAAAAUAGUUAAAUAGUAAAAAUUUAUUGAGAAUUAAUUCAAGUACAUUAUGACAAAAGAUCUUGAAAUUAGUGGAAUAUAACCAAAAAGUGUUUAUUAAAGAUUUAAUUCUAUCUCAUCUAAACAUAAUUUUUAAAUGCAAUAAAACUUUCUAUUAAUAAAUGAAGAAGAAGAAUAAAAUAUGAAUAAGAAGAGAGAAAAAAAUAUUAUUGAUAGAUCAUUGUUAAAACAAUUGACUCUUAAAUUAUAUGCAACUUAUAUAAUCUUAGUUUUUCUAUCAGCAGGAGCCUCCUUAGCUUUUUUCUUAUCACUUAAAUAAGCAAGUAGCAAUAUUAGCAAUAUAAUUUCUAUUGGAUAAGUUGCGAUUUCUGAUUUCUCUGAUAAUUAAUUACUUUUAGUUUCUGUUAAGGAACGAUACUAUAAUGAAGAAAAUUAUUACAUAAAUUACCUUCCAAAAGUUAAAAGUUUACUUGAAAAUUAAAUUGAAAAUAUUAAGUAAACCCCUUCAAUUAAUAAUCCUGGUUAUGGAGACUUCUAUAAUGGAUUUCAAGCAUCUUAUUUUAGUAAUCUUUGUUAUUAUUUGUUUAAUUAAACUUGUAUUUAAUUUAUUUUUAUUUUUAGUAUUAAAUUCUACUGGACAGACUGAAUGUGAAUCAAUAAUUAAUGGAAAGUUAAAAGAUGGAAUAGUUGCAUUUAAUUAAUAUUUCCUUUCUAAUGUCUAGGAUUAUGUUUUAUUAAAUAUUGAUAGAUUUGGAUUUAUUAAUAAUAAAUUGAUAUGGAAUUUUAAUUCAUGCAUAGACUACGUUAAAAGUACCUAUAAAGUUUUACUUACAAAGUGGGCUUAGGUAUAUUAUCAUUUUAAUAUUCAAGGAUUUAAAUUAAUUAAUUGAUUCAAAUAUCACAUUAAUCUUGGUAUUACUUAUUGUUAUGCAAUUAUUUUAAUUAAUUGUCUUUAUGGUAAUUGCUGAAAUGUAUUUGGUAAAUCAACUUAAUUAGACAUUUUCCUUUUAUAGAUUAGUUUACAAAUCUUAUAUGCCAAAUGAUAUAAUUCAAAAAGAGAAAAUUAUAAGAGCUUAAUUAAUACGUUAUAAUAUAAUUAAAAAAUGA